AUGAAUGCAAGAAGAGAUGUCGGGAUUAAGAUUGCUAGUGUUUGGGCAACGAAACAUAGAAAGGAAGAAGAAAUAGAGCAGCUGAAGGAAGAAGUGCGUAAGGAAUUAUUGGGAAGUGGAGAUAAAGAAUCAUUAGAGCAGCUUCAAUUAAUCGAUGCCAUUCAGCGUCUUGGGGUUGACUAUCACUUUAAAAACGAGAUUGAAGAUGUUUUAACCCAAAUCUACGAAAGCUAUCAUAUACAAUCUAACAAAGAUAAUCUCUACCAUCUUUCCACCCGGUUUCGAAUCCUUAGGCAACAUGGUUUCAAUAUGUUAGCUUGGUGCAUUCUUAGUUUUAAAAGAUCAACUGUUCUUGAUUCUCAUUGCAUCAAUAUCUUAUUGCUUAUAAAAACAUCAAAUAGAAACGAAGAAAAUACUACUUCUAUUUAA